AUGGCCGGGAGCUUUUUCAAAGGACGCUUCCUCUCCUUAUUCGACUACAAAACGGAAAAAUACAUUGUCGCCAAUAAUAAGACAGUUGGAGUUUUGUACAGACUUAUUCAGUUAACCAUCAUCGGUUACAUUAUAGGGUGGGUUUUUGUGAUCAAGAAAGGCUACCAGGAGACAGACGAGGCCAUCCAGAGCUCUGUUAUAACUAAACUGAAGGGAGUCUCAGUGACCAACAACACCGAGUCUGGUCUGCUGGUGUGGGGACCAGAGGACUACGUCAUCCCACCACAGGGUGAAGCUGUUCUGUUUGUUGUAACCAAUUUCUUAGAGACACCAAAGCAGAAGAUGGGACACUGUGCUGAGAGCCUGAAAGUGCUGGAUGGCCACUGUCAAGAUGAUGGGGACUGUGAAGAAGGGAAGAUGGUAGAGGCUGGUCACGGAAUGAAGAGUGGCCGAUGCUUAAGAACAGAUGAAAACUCCACUGGUACCUGUGAAAUCUACGGCUGGUGUCCCAUUGAAAAACAAUUCAAACCACAAAGGGCUCUGCUGACACACGCUGAAAACUUCACCAUCUACAUCAAGAAUUUCAUCCAAUUUUCAAAAUUUAAUUUUUCAAAGUCCAAUGUUCUCGAAACGCAUGAUGACUCCUAUUUGAAGAAAUGCCGAUUUGACGAGGAGCUCCACCCCUACUGCCCCAUCUUUCGCCUGGGUGACAUCACCAGACGAGCCGGACACAACUUUCAGGACAUGGCCACAUUUGGUGGCUCCAUUGGCAUAAUGAUAGAGUGGGACUGUGACCUUGACAAAGGUUACACUCACUGCCAUCCACAGUAUCACUUUUAUCGUCUGGAUAUCAGCAUUUUAAACACGACCAUCGCAAAAGGAUUCAACUUCAGACACAGUCGGUAUUUCCAAAAUGCUGCUGAUGAGAGCUAUCGAUCCCUAUACAAAGUCUAUGGUGUACGAUUUACCGUCAUGGUGCACGGAAAGGCUGGGAAGUUCAGCAUCAUCCCAACAGCCAUCAAUGUUGCUUCAGGGCUGGCUUUAAUGGGUGCUGGAGCUUUCUUCUGUGACAUGGUCCUUCUCUACAUAUUGAAGAAGGGUGAUUCUUAUCGAGAGAGGAAAUUUGAAGCCACCAAAAUUGCGAACUCAACAUCAGAUGACAACUGCGUGAAGGACAGGCCCGGUGCCACAGAACAGGAGAAUCUGACGUUUUAGCCUUUUCACCAUGUGAGAUGAGUUUGUAUCCAGCUUUAUAUUGUGGUAUAACAA